AUGACAGAACCGGAGAAUUUUGAUGACGAACUCUUCGCCGAUCUCUACAACGACGAUGAGCCUGCUGGCAAGGCACGAGCCCCCGAAGCCGACCAGUACUCAGCAGUACAGCCUGCAGCCGAAACCAACAACGAGAAUGUCGAAGAUGAUGGUCAACAGCAAGAUCACAACAAUAAUGGAGGGGAGAUGAAGUAUGACGAAGAAGAGGAGGAUGACGAUGAUGAAAUCGAUUUCAACCUCGGAAACGGGCCGUCAACUGCAGUGGCGCAUCACGAGCCUCACGAUAACCAUGAACGCCAAGAAAACGACGAUGAGAAGCCGACAUACAACGCACCGGCUGCACCUAUUAUGCACACCAAAGGCCCUAAUGCCAAGGAAGAUGGGCCGCCACAUGGUGGCAUUGCCCUCCUUGACAUGAUCGACGAUCCAGGAUGCAAGGAGCGUGGUGGAUGGGAACGAGGGUAUGGCCUGGACAGGCUUGAGGGCAAGGGACAGACAGGAGCACAAGGGCUAGGUCUUGGCGUUGGCUAUGAGGGUCUGUUCAUGGCGGGUAGUAUCUGGGCCACUUUCGAAUCCAUGUGGGAAACGCGAAAUGCCAGUGCGAGAACCAUGCUUGCGGCCUGGGCAAACUCAGGGUCCUGCUGGCGCCGGGAUCUAGUUCAAGAUUUGGCGGCGAUUAGCGCAGCACCCAGAAGACAGCUAGCAGCUAGCUUGACGAUAGGCAAGAAGAGCACGAGACAGGAACAAGAAAUCAGUUCGGCAAAACAGUCAUACCUGGCACUCUGCGCUGCAUCUUUCACGCUCGUGGGAACUGCUGUAGCAUGCUCCACGUUCGACACUGCAACAUCUCUUUCCAACAAAAUCGCCUUCCAGAUCGCCAAGGUGCCUGAUCAGGAUCAGUUCUGGGUCCCCUACUGUGGGCGGUUGAAGCUGUCACCAUGGCCCGAUUUUAUUUCUCUCGGCUUGAGCGACAGCGACACGGACAGCGACAGCGACAACGACAAGUCGCCCGGCCCCCGAAAUACAUCGCCCUCAUCCCCAAUCACAUCUAUCUCGCGCGACUUUCGAAGCAAUGAUCGGGCUGAUCUGCGAGUUGAUGUUUCCCAACAUAAAACCAUGGAGAACACCACACCAGACCAUGGGGAUAAUUUCGGGGAAAACACAAGGAAAAUGUUUAUUGGUGGGCUUAACUGGGAGACGACAGAUCAAUCUCUGCGGGACUACUUCUCACAAUUCGGCGAGGUAUUGGAAUGCACCGUUAUGCGCGACGGCGCAACUGGCCGGUCGCGUGGUUUUGGCUUCCUCACCUUUAAGGACCCAAAGACAGUCAACAUCGUUAUGGUUAAGGAGCACUAUCUCGACGGCAAAAUCAUCGACCCCAAACGCGCCAUUCCCCGCGACGAGCAGGAGAAGACAUCCAAGAUCUUCGUCGGCGGCGUCAGCCAGGAGACAACCGACCAUGAGUUUCGCGAAUACUUUGCGCAGUUCGGCCGCGUAGUCGACGCCACCCUUAUGAUGGAUAAGGACACGGGCCGCCCGCGCGGUUUCGGCUUCGUCACAUUCGAGAGCGAGGCCGGUGUCGACGCCUGCCUGGCCACACCCCUCGAGAUCCACGGCAAGCCCAUUGAGGUCAAGAAGGCCCAACCACGCGGCAACCUCCGCGACGAGGAGGACGCCGCCCGCCGCGGCGGUGCUGGCGCGAUCAACAAGUUUAACCGCAAGGGCCAGGGCAUGGGCAACGGCAUGGAUGAGGGCUCCGCCGGUGGCCAGGCCGGCGGCAUGGGCAUGGGCGGCAUGGGCCCCGGCACCGCGGGCAUGUCGGGUCAGGUCAUGGCCCAGUACCUACAGCGCAUGCAACAGGCCAUGGCCAUGUUCCAGCAGCAGAUGAUGAUGAACCGCAACAUGAACCCGGCCAUGUCCCAGAUGCUAUAUAUGCAACAAAUGCAGCAGAUGCAACAGAUGAUGGCCCAGCAACAGGGCGGUCGUGGUGGCAGCGCCAUGCCCUCCGGUAUGGCGAAUAUGAACCCGGCCAUGAUGCAGCAGCAGAUGCAACAGAUGCAACAGAUGAUGAACCAGGCUGGCGGUGGCGGCGGGCCCGGCCCUGGUGGUCCGCAGGGGAUGAGCCCGGGCGGCAUGAGUCCCAGCGGGGAGGACCAUGGCGCGGGGGCUGCUGUUGUCGCUGGCGGCGGCGGCGGCGGCGGUGGUGGGCCCAACCGGGCCGGGUACAACGCCUUCGAGCAGCAGCAGCAGUUCGAACAGCAACAGGGCCCCGGUCAGGGCCAGGGCCGUCGCGGCGGGCGCGGCGGCGGCGGCGGCGGCGACAUGCACCAGCAGGCGUACAACCAGGGUGCUUACAUGGGCGGUGGCGGGCCGGGCGGCCCCACCAGCUGGGAGGGCAUGUAUGACGACGUCCCCCAGCCCAUCAUGGCCCAGGGCGGUGGUGGUGGUUUUGGCCAAGGCGGCGGCGGUGGCCGUGGCUACCACAAGGGUGGAAGGGGUGGUGGGCAUCAGCAGCAGAUGCCGCAGGGUCCCGUGGAUCCCAACAACGCGCCGCCGGCUAAUGCCCCGACCGGGCCGAAGAACGCGGGCAGGCCGGGUGCUAAUUACCGUGGCGGCGGACGCGGCGGGAACAGGGGGUUCCAUCCUUACGCUAGGAGCUAG